GCUCAGUAUGUGAAGUAUUCUCGCGGAAUUGCAAGUGCGCGACACGCACGCGAUAAGUUUUCGGUUGUUUGGCGGCGCGAGCGACACUGUCUGUGUGUGCGUGUGUGGAGGCGGGUAUAUGAGCGCGCGCGCACUCACCGCCGCCGCGCGCACCGAGCCGGACUCGUUAUGUAAAAGAGCGAGCAGGAGAGCACACGGCGGCGGCGCGAGCACUCGGACUUGAGCAGGCAGGCGGUCCGCGUAAGUGGAGCUCGAGCGCGCGGGCUGACUGUGACUCGGACUCUGGGACUGAAGUUCUGCAUCUACGGCACGCGGAGGUCAGCGGCGAUGAUGAGCCCGGCGGCGCUCGCGCUCUCCCUCGCGCUGCUGCUGCUCCGCGGCACGGAAACGCACGCGCUCACCGUUAAAGCACUGCGGUCCGGGAACACGCGGAGAGACGACACCAAUCGCCUCACAGACUUGUUCCGUCAAGAGGAGGUUGUCAUGGUUACGGGAGGCGGGCAGAUCCACAGCCCGCGGUACCCGAACGCCUACCCCCGGAACCUGCUGUUGUCAUGGAAACUGCUCUCUGCCCCACACACCCGCAUCCUGCUGGAGUUCGACGGGCAGUUCGGCCUGGAGGAGCCCGAGAACAACGUCUGCAGGUAUGACUUUGUAGAGGUGGAGGACAUAUCUGAGACCACCACUAUAAUCUGGGGUCGCUGGUGUGGGAGGAAAGCCCCCCGGCCCAUAACGUCCAGGACCAACCACAUCAAGAUCACCUUCAAAUCAGACGAUUACUUCGUGGCCAAGCCGGGAUUCAAACUGUGCUACACUCCAGUGAAUGAUCCUCCUCUGCUGUCCUUUACUAACUGGGAGACGGUCACAGCCGUGUCGGAUGUAACUGAAGCUCCCCUCUCAGUGGAUGAUCUUGAUGAUGUCAUCGCCGGGUUCAGUACGGUUGCGGAGGUUAUGAAGCACCUGAACCCUCAAACCUGGCAGCAGGACCUCAACAGCAUCUACACUCACACACACUACUACAUACCACGCAGUUACUAUGCCGACCGCACACAGAAGGUUGAUCUGGAUCGUCUGAAUGAAGACGUAAGGCAGUACAGCUGCACUCCGCGCAAUUUCUCGGUCAACCUGCGGGAGGAGCUGAAGGCCACCAACGCAGUGUUUUUCCCACGGUGCCUGCUCGUGCAGCGCUGCGGCGGAAACUGUGGCUGCGGCACGAGCAACUGGAACUCCUGCAGCUGCGGCGCCGGCAAAACCGUCAACAAACUACACGAGGUGCUGAAGUUCUCUCCGGGACAGAACUACUACAGGAAGAAGACCCGAGCGCGCUGGGUUCUGGAGGAGAUCCACCUGCAGCACCACGAACGCUGCGAGUGUGUGUGUCACUCACGGCCUCCUCGAUGAAACACACAUGCACACACCUACAUACAUACAGCGUCCUCUCAGUGUUCUCUCCAGCCUUGACUGAUGCAGAUAUGUAGCCUUCUGUCUGUGUGUUGAUAUUUUGUAGUUUUAUCUGUCUGUGCCUUCCUGCACACACACACACACACACACACACACACACACACACACACACACACACAUAGUAACUGCAGUAUUAUUUAUUUCUGUGUUUUAUAUGGAGAGUAUUAUAGACAGUAAUGGGACCAAACCAGCCUGAAAAAAUAGCUUUUGUUUCUGCCAGCUUCACAUGCGCACACACACACACACACACACACACACACACACACACACACACACACACACACACACACCCGUCUGUCCUCUUUGUAACUCUGGAACAUCAAAGCAAAAAGCCAGAGAAGUGUUACACCCGCCAACAAAAAACAUUGCAUUCCCUGCAUUCCAGCUCUCUCGCUCACUCUCUCCUUAAAAACAGCCGCUCUCACCUGCACACAGGUGUUUCUGCUCGAACAGUAAUCACCUUUUACAACCUUUCCAGUCAUUUUCCAUGUGCGUCCAUUUCCUGUCCCCAGGCUCCGCCCACAAAUGUGUUCUUUCGGAGCUAAUGGCUAAUGUUGGGAGGUUGAACCAGCUUUACAGACUCAGUUUAUAUCACAAUACCUACAUUUAGAGUCGGUUAUUCAUUCAGCCUAAUGAGAAACUGUAGAACAGACUCAGUUUAUAUCACAAUACCUACAUUUAGAGUCGGUUAUUCAUUCAGCCUAAUGAGAAACUGUAGAACAGACUCGGUUUAUAUCAUAAUACCUACAUUUAGAGUCGGUUAUUCAUUCAGCCUAAUGAGAAACUGUAGAACAGACUCGGUUUAUAUCACAAUACCUACAUUUAGAGUCGGUUAUUCAUUCAGCCUAAUGAGAAACUGUAGAACAGACUCAGUUUAUAUCACAAUACCUACAUUUAGAGUCGGUUAGUCAUUCAUUUGAGAAGUGCUGUUUCUCAUUAGGUUGAAAUGGAUUUUCAUCAGUGGUCUGUAAAACUUGUCCAACUCCACAACAGUAGCUACAAAAUAACAUAUUUUUGAGCAUGAAAAGGUCAGUUUAUGAGUUAUAAACGUAAUGGUGGGGACCAUGAAUCCGAUGGUCUUAAUUUUAGUUUGUUGGGAGCUCAAUUAAACAGAUGAUUCUUUUUAAGCAAUGGUUUGUGUGAACAUUCUGACAGAUUUCACGUAAAAAUAUGUUUCUGUCUCUGAGUUAUUGAAAUAAAUGAUUGUGGAGAUCAGCGAGGACUGAGUACCAAAAACAAAACCAAAUACCAAAGACUUUACACUCUCAGAUUAAACUGUUUUAUAUGUAACUUGUCAUAAAAACACAA